UCCUUUCCUUGUUCUCUCUCGUUCCUUCUUCCCCUCCUCUGAUCAUCAGCUCAUCAGAUCUUCUCCGAAUCAAAUCAUUUAGCCACAUUUUACAAUUCCAAGACGUUUCUCGACCAUUUUGUAUCCGGAAAACGUGCAGAACAAGGUUGCUUGCGAGCGACUUAGGUGGUCAAUUCAUUAUCUCAGGUUUUCACCGAGCUGUGUCGAUUUUGAAGACACGGCAAUAUUCUAUAUGGAUUCAUCAUUCACGUUGAUGACGCUAAUGAGUGGUUCGUGUUUUCAUUGUCGGAGAAGUAAUAGAUAAUCUCAAACAGAGAGAAGAAAAAAAAAGAAGCAAAAUUAGGUUUUGUGAUUUUAGGUUAAAUUUUUUGAAUGGGAAACACAUGCGUGGGUCCGAAUCUGAACCCUAAUGGAUUCCUUCAAUCCGUUAGUGCUGCCGUGUGGCGGAAUCAGAAACCAGACGAUAGCAUUAAGAGCAGCAAGGACGAGAGCAGUCGAAAAAAGAACGAUAAAAGCGUUAAUGGCGACGACAGUAACGGUCACGUUUCCUCCACCGUGGAUCCAGCACCAUCCACGUUGCCAACACCGAGCACACCACCACCUCCGGUGAAAAUGGCCAACGAAGAACCACCACCAAAACCUAUCACAGAGAACAAAGAAGAUCCGAAUUCGAAACCGCAGAAGAAAGAAGCGCACAUGAAACGUAUGGCAAGCGCAGGUCUACAAAUAGACUCAGUUCUUGGGAGAAAAACAGAGAAUCUCAAAGAUAUAUACAGUGUUGGGAGAAAAUUAGGUCAAGGACAAUUUGGAACAACGUUUCUUUGCGUGGAUAAGAAGACAGGUAAAGAGUUCGCUUGUAAAACGAUAGCUAAGAGGAAAUUAACAACACCUGAGGAUGUUGAAGAUGUGAGAAGAGAGAUUCAGAUAAUGCAUCAUUUGUCUGGUCAUCCAAACGUGAUUCAGAUCGUUGGUGCGUAUGAAGAUGCAGUAGCUGUUCAUGUUGUGAUGGAGAUUUGUGCAGGUGGAGAGUUAUUUGAUAGGAUUAUACAGAGAGGGCAUUAUACUGAGAAAAAAGCUGCUGAGCUUGCUAGGAUCAUUGUUGGUGUUAUAGAAGCUUGUCAUUCUUUAGGUGUAAUGCACCGUGAUCUUAAGCCUGAGAAUUUUUUAUUUGUUAGUGGAGAUGAAGAAGCUGCUCUCAAGACUAUUGAUUUUGGCCUCUCUGUUUUCUUUAAACCAGGAGAAACAUUCACUGAUGUCGUUGGUAGUCCUUAUUAUGUGGCACCAGAAGUUUUAAGGAAACAUUAUAGUCAUGAAUGUGAUGUUUGGAGUGCCGGAGUUAUUAUUUACAUUUUACUAAGUGGCGUCCCUCCGUUUUGGGAUGAAACGGAACAGGGGAUCUUUGAGCAGGUUUUGAAAGGUGACCUUGAUUUUAUAUCAGAACCAUGGCCUAGUGUAUCAGAAAGUGCCAAGGAUUUGGUCCGUCGGAUGCUAAUCAGAGACCCUAAGAAGCGAAUGACUACUCAUGAAGUUCUCUGUCAUCCAUGGGCCAGAGUAGAUGGUGUUGCUCUUGAUAAACCUCUUGAUUCUGCUGUCCUAAGUCGUUUGCAACAAUUUUCAGCCAUGAACAAGCUCAAGAAAAUAGCUAUCAAGGUAAUAGCAGAAAGCUUGUCAGAGGAAGAAAUAGCAGGAUUGAAGGAAAUGUUCAAGAUGAUAGAUACAGAUAAUAGUGGACACAUCACUCUCGAAGAACUCAAGAAAGGUUUGGACAGAGUUGGUGCUGACCUUAAAGAUUCAGAAAUACUAGGAUUAAUGCAAGCAGCGGAUAUAGAUAACAGUGGGACAAUAGACUAUGGAGAGUUUAUAGCAGCAAUGGUGCAUUUGAACAAAAUAGAGAAAGAAGACCAUUUGUUCACAGCAUUCUCUUACUUUGACCAAGAUGGAAGUGGUUAUAUAACCAGAGACGAGCUCCAACAAGCUUGCAAGCAAUUUGGCUUAGCGGAUGUUCAUUUAGACGACAUUUUACGCGAAGUCGAUAAAGACAACGAUGGAAGAAUAGACUACAGCGAGUUUGUGGAUAUGAUGCAAGACACUGGUUUUGGCAAAAUGGGUUUAAAGGUGAGUUGAAGAAACAAAACCUCAAUGACCCCAUUUUUUCCAACACUUAUUUUUUCUUUUCUCUUUUUAAGUAUAAUUUAAUCUUUGUGGAUAUAUGUAUAUGGGCUGCUUACUGCUUAGCAUUAGCAUUCUUGAGCAGGUUUUUGUCCUCUCUGUUCCACAUUUUUUUUGUAUUUAAGUUUCUCAUGAGUCAUGUCCUUUAACUCUCCCUUUACUCAACUAGGAGAAAAAAUGUAUAGGUUUCACUUUGGAAGAUAACCAAAGAUUGUAAUUUCAUUUUUCUUAUAUGUACUUUUAGUAGGUCAAUGUAAAACUCU